AUGCCCAGCUAUUUCAAUUUGGUGGUUUUUGCCGCGAAGCAACGGCCCUCCGUGUUCGUGGUCUGCUCUAUCCCGCCAAAACCAGUCUACCUUGCUUCUGUGGAUACGUUGCCCUAUGGUCUCCUCCGGUCCUGCUGCUACUCCGAACUAGACUCGCUUUCUCUGAGCAUGGUUGCUUUCCGUGCUCUGAGAUCUUCAAAGCUCAUCUCAUGGAAACCGACUGGCAGGCUUCAGCAAACCCUAGCAGGUUGUGUAGAGCGGCGAGGUAACACUUUACACUCUGGGAAGGCUUCAGUAGUCAAACUCGGUCCUGGAUUUGUAGGAGAAGGGAGGUAUUUCGAUUUCCGGUCCAAUUCGAUACCAGCGUCGAUUGAUUUUGCUCACCAGUCACCUCUCUGCACCACAUUGUGCAAAGAUGGUUUCAGAGUACGAACUGUUGAGCACUUGCUUUCUGCUUUGGAGGCGACUGGUGUUGAUAAUUGCAGAAUUGAGAUAGAAAAUGUGGAUUCUGGAGGAGAUUGUGCUGAGAUCCCCAUAUUUGAUGGGUCAGCUAGUGAAUGGGUAGCAGCGGUGGAAGAAGUUGGCUUAAAGGUGGCAACUGAUCACCACGGCAAUAGUUGUGAAAAAUUAGCUCCACAUCUGAAUGAACCAAUGUACGUUUUCAGGAAUGAUUCUUUUGUUGCUGCAUUUCCUUCAACAAUGGUUCAAAUAACAUAUGGAAUUAACUUUCCUCAGGCAAGUGCUAUUGGAUUGCAGUGGUUUUCAACCCCUUUGGAUAAGUUACUUUAUUCCAAACAGAUAGCUUUGUCGAGAACCUUCUGCAUUCAUGAGGAGAUUGAACAAAUGCGCAAUGCUGGACUGAUUAAAGGGGGUAGUCUAGAAAAUGCCAUUGUUUGCAGUGCCCAUAAUGGUUGGUUAAAUCCACCUUUGCGUUUCGAUGAUGAACCAUGUCGCCAUAAGGUCCUAGAUCUUAUAGGAGAUCUUUCCCUUUUUGCUCAGUUUGGGAAUCAAGGGGUCCCAGUGGCACACGUUGUAGCUUACAAGGCGGGCCAUGCAUUGCAUGCUGAUCUGGUACGCCGCCUAAUGGGAACGAUUUGAAGGCUCACAUGUUGACUCUGGCCUCCAAAAUUUCAUUGUUGGUGAAUUUGUUCUGAAGCUUAACUCAUGAAGAAGAGAUGCUGAAACAUCUGGACGUUUCGUGAUGUCAAGGCAAUGCAAUGUGGAAAGCUGAAUAAUGGCCCUCUGAUUCUUACUCAUUUUUUACGUUAUAUUGUGACUAGUUUGUUCAAAACGCUCUCAAUAAUGUUUCGGAAAAAAUUGAGAAUUUCAAAGAGAAGUUUGAAAUACUAAAUUCAGACAAAA